UCUUUUGUUAUUGCUGCAUCAUAUAGAUUCUCUGCACCCCAUUUAAGUCAAAAAAAAGAGUAGAGGGAUUUUUUUAUAAAUUUAAAAAAAAAAAUUGAAAAGUUGAAAUGAAAUGGCUCAUGGUAUAUAUUCCCCCAACAUAUCCCCACUUAUAUGUUUCCUGAUAUGAAGUGAAAUCAUAGAACAACACAAAACUCCUAACUUAUAAAAACAACUAUACCUUCCAUAUAUUGAUGCACAUAAAAAAAAAAUCAAAUUAGUUAUUUAUCUUUCAUCCAAAAAAUGAAGAAUCAAAGUAAGCAUUUUGUUCUAUCCAGUAAUGCCAAGCCAAGACUCAAAUGGACUCAUGAUCUUCACCAAAGAUUCAUUGAAGCAACUAAUCAACUUGGAGGUGCAGAAAAAGCAACACCAAAGAGUCUUAUGAGAUUGAUGGGAAUUCCAGGACUUACUUUGUACCAUCUCAAGAGCCAUUUACAGAAAUAUAGACUUGGGAAAAGCCAACAGCUAGAAAAAUACUCUGACAACAAACAAGAAGAUUACACAGAAACAAAGAGCUUUGAUGGCCAUUGCAGCAGAGAAAUCAGUCUUGGGGAGAAUCAAAUCAAUGAAAACAUGCAUAUAGCUGAUGCUCUAGAAAUGCAAAUGGAAGUAGAGAAAAAACUUUAUGAACAAAUUGAGGUGCAGAAACAUUUGCAGCUUCGAAUUGAAGCGCAAGGAAAGUAUUUACAAUCAGUACUAUCGAAGGCGCACGAAGCGCUUUCGACAUACAAUUCUUCUUCAAUUGGUAUAAAACUAAAAAAAUCUGAACUUUCUCAAUUGGUUAUUAUGAUCAACAAUGCUUGUCCAAAUUCUCCAAUUUCAGAAGUAAUAGAAAAUGGAAAAUUGAGUUUGAACAGUGAGGAGAGAAAAAUGGACAGAGGAACUAUUUGUUCAUUGGAAAGUUCUUUGAUAUCUUGUGAAAGCUCAAAGAGAAAAGAAGAGAAACAUUCAAUAGAAGGUUUGACUAAUUCAAGUACUAUUUCACUUGAAUUGCCACUAAUGACGAUGCAAUCAGAAGAGAAAUCAGUGUCGUGUCUAGUAUCUGAGUCUGUAUCUGUAUCUGAUAAUUUGAGUAAUGAAACUAACGAGAGAAAGAGAAAUGCAGCAACUGAAUCUGAUGGUAACUAUAUUGAGCAAUGUUCAUACAAGAAAAGAUGUGGCAACAAGAUGAAGAAAGAAAAGUUGUCAAAAAUGUUUGACUUGAAUAGGCAAUGUGAGAAUGAGAUGGACUCAACCAGUUCAAAAAUAUUGUUAGACUUAAAUUGCAGUUUAAUUUAUGGGAACCAUGAAGAUGGUUUAUAAUUUUUAGUUUCAAUUAUAUGAAAGUAUGCAUCAUAAUAUAUCUUUAUAAGAAAAGAAAUACGUUUAUAUAAUAUGUAUUUCUUAUCUUAUUACGAUGAAAAGAAAGAAUAUUUGAUUCUAUAA